AUGGCGGACCCCGCCCCGCCAGACGGCGCCACCUACCAGGCGACCAUCAAACUCAACGAGCUGGCGGAGAGGCUCGUUCAUGGCGCGUACUCCGGCCUGCAGGACGUGCUGCAGCGCCUGCCGUCCAUGCCGGAGGCCGACAGGCCCAUCGAACUCCUCCAAUAUCUGCAUCAGACGCGACAGCAGUUGCUUCGUCUCAGGAUGGCAACCCAAUGGGCAAAUAAAGCCAAAGCAGUGAACACUUGUGCCCGAGCCUGGGGCGUUGCAGGGCAGCACUCAGAUUCUUUCCGAGCUGCAGCGGACUCACUUGCUUACUUGCAUGAAGAGCUUCAAGAGAUUGCCAUCCCUGCCUACGAUGUGCACACCGCCUGGGAAACACUCACAACAGGUUCAUAUUCUCUGCUGCCCUUGGCCAUAGAGGAGCUACGGCCCCCCAAAUUGCUACCACCUAACAUGCAGCAUGCAGCACUCAGGCACAUCAACUACCAGAUCCACUCUAAGUUAGAUGGGGUAACGCUACCAGAGGGCCUGGAGCUCAUCAGGAUCAGCAGAGGCACUGCCACUUUGAUGUCCAAGGGAGAAUAUGAGGUGAAGCUGACACUUGUCAAAACUUCCAGACAGCCACCAGACUUGCAGGAAGAAGGUCGGGAAGGGAGCAAGGCUGGCUUCAGACCCAAGGAAGAGACAAAUCAACUUCCUAAUGCAUGGUGGUGGCGGUUGCUGGAAUUGAAACUGUUCACAGGAUCGGCACAUGGCCCUCCUUUACUGCCAGAAACCCUAGCCCUUCUUCAAAAUGAGAUAGAUGCCCGCAUGUGGAGAACUGCAGAAUUGUCAGACGGGGAUGCCAUGGGCCCCAUAGACCUCAUGCACCAAAUUCUGCGUGAGGUUUGCGGCAGGCUGCUGAUCAGCUUCGUGAGGAAGUCGUGUCGCCGCCUUGUUGCAAAGGGUGGGCCGUGGGAAGGCCAGGCACGGCUUGCAGUUGCUGCUGUGCUAAAUCCAGGGUACCGAAUGUACUACUGGGAGGGUGUUCCCUUCAUCAGCAGCGACAUGUUGCAGGGAAAGCAGCCGGAUGCAAACAAGAGCUCUCCAUACCUUGAGGUGGGCACUGUGAGCAGUGGUCGCAUAUCCGUUCAGCACUUUCCACCGCUACCCAGCGACUAUGUGAGGGAGCCUGUCGAGCUGGCGUUGAACCCAUUGGAAGCUGACGUUGAGCUCGUCAUGCUCCAAGCGGCGGCUGUCAAUGCACAAGUCAUACUUGGUGUCCUUUGCCAUGCGGUGAAUGAGCACCGGGCAGGAAAAAAGGACUUCAGCAAGCAUUUCUCCCUCCUGUACUGGAGGGAGAACUUUGAAAAGAUGAAGGGGCAGCACAAGAGAAGCCAGCGGCAGGAGGCUGCAGUGUCUUUUGGUCCCAAGGAACUGGGCUCCCCGGUGCUGGAAUGCUAUGGGGGCGGCCACCUGCUCCUGUGUGUGACAUUGCAUCUACAGAAUGGCCGUUUGCUGCUUCACCUGGGUCCCUAUGUGAAAGACAACACGAGCACCGAGCUGGCUGCAACAGUGCAUGCAGAGGAGGGCAGCAUCAACCAGAGAUGGCGCAGGUGGGCCAGGGAGCCCUCCGUCAACCCAAAUGUGGUACAGAGAGUUGCUGCUCUUGGCAAGGUCGCUGGCAAGCUUUGGACGUUUGUCAACAGUGUGCAGGAGCAUUGCUUUCCUGGGAGCAACACAUUGCUCCUGUACGCCGCGAAUCUGCUGUCCCUGGAUCCUUGUUCCCCGGUCAUCUCUCCGGUCUUGUGGAAGAAGUACCUUGCAAGGCAUCCAGAAUGUCCGGCACCCCGCAACAAUGACAUCCAGCUUGCAUUUCCGGCUGCACCCUUCCCCAGAAGUUUCCCACCAUUGGUGAGACAGGCAGACAAGUCCCAAAGGGUGCCACAAUCAGGGAGGCGCACCUCUUCAGAUAUUGUGCGGGCCUCCAUGGUGGAUGUUCGCUUCUACUUAAGGAUCGCCGGGAAAGGUGUUGAAGACAGGAGUUAUCUUCUUGUCAUAAUGGGCGUCGAUGCUGCCGGGAUGCCAGUGGAGGUGCUCAAGUGCAUCCCCUUCAUUCCUCAACCAGAUGAACUCCCAGCACAGGGCAUCCUUGUUGGAAAGGAAUGCUCCAUGGGUGGUGGAAAGGGGAAGGAGGACCUGCGUCGUGGCAUCAAACGAGCAAGAGAAGAUGACGAAGAUUCUCAUGCUGCGAAAGCCCAGAGAAGUAGUGAGGACAGUCUGCUGUCUGUUUCAUCCUCUCCCGGCCUCAGCCUGCCCAGCCUCUCAGAUGUGGAAAUGGAAGAUGUGGAAUCUGCGCCCAAAGCUCUGCAGGGUGGCAAUGUACCCGGCCUAGCUAACCCUGAUGCGGGGGCCCUGAUGGAGGUGGUCAGGUGGUGCCACAAGCUCAUAGUUAGGGAAUCGCUACUGCUCCAAUUGCAGGCAUUGGACUUGCCAUACAUGGAAGAAUACAGGCACCAAACCUCCGGUGAACUACGGUGGUGUGUGUGGCUAACUGGCGGCAAUGGGACUGGGGGCACUGACAGCGAUUCACCCACGCCCGAAGCAUCAACACUGGCUGAUGUGGGGCCUGUGGAGUUGCAAAUACCCAAUGACUCUCCAUUCGGUCUCUGGACGGCUCACAUAACGUCCAGCCAGCUGUCAGACACCAUUCGGAGCUGCACGGCGCUGGGCGAUACUUGGGGAGACGCCGUCUCGCUUGUCCCGGAGGGUGUGGCCCUCAAGUACCACUUGAAUAAGGGGCAGACGGUGCUCGCCCUGGUGCAGCACCUGCAGUGCAUUGCAGCCACGCAGGCGUUCAUCCGCCAGCUUCGCUUGCUGGAGCGUACAGGCGCGUCCGGCCUGUGUUUCGAUUGGCCAAAGACGGGCCGUGUGACGGUGGAGCAAAUUGGGUUGUCCCAUGUCGCCCUGGCCUGUGAAGAUGCUGCCUCUGCUCACGUUGUGAAAUACACAGUGGCUUGGUCGCCUUGGAAAGAGGGCAGCAGCAAGCAGAACCGGAAGAGGCAACAGCAAGAUGGACAUGGUCAGCCAAAUGCAGGCAGGAAGCAGGGACGCAGCAAUUUCAACAGCGACGAAGCAGCUGGGAUAAGAUGCUCAGUGAGCAGCAGCGAAGCUGGCAUUCCAACGGAGGUACUCCGCGAGUAUGCGCUCAUGGUGGAAGCUGGGGAAGGGGGCCUGUUUCUGGACGCAAUAGGUAUCACAUCGGGCCCCCUGGUCCAGCUCGUGGCCGCCCUUGCCAGUAGCGACGUCGAUGUGGCAGAGGACAGGCCUGCCACUCGCGGCCUCAUUCCCACGUACCCCCCCUACAAGUACAAGAUUUACAUGCGCCGUGGCAGGGAGCACAAAGUCACUGCAGACGUGCUUCUGUUCGCUCGGGGAUGGGCGUACGUCCUCCCUGACAAGGCGGCCAGAAAACUGGGUGCCGUGGAGGAGAUUUGCCGUUCAGAGGGGUUUUACAGGCCAAGGGGGAAGCCAAUGUCUGCAGGGGGAUUCUGGGUGGACAGGGCCAAGUUUGCCACAGAUGGGCAGUCCCCAUUUGAAAGUGUCACCAGCUUGCUACUGAAGAAGCUGAGUGGGACGUCCAGAGGUUGA